AUGCUCUCUUCCCAGUCCUAUGUCAACAUCUCCUUCUUCCAGCCCCCUGCUUUCCUGAUGAUUGGCAUCCCAGGGCUGGAGACCGUUUAUGGCUGGAUCUCCAUCCCCUUCUCCUCCAUGUACACCGUGGCCCUCACUGGGAACUGCCUGAUCCUUCUGGCUGUGAGGAGGACUUCCAGCCUGCACCAGCCCAUGUACUACUUCCUGUCCAUGCUGGCCCUCUGUGAUGUGGGCCUCACCUUCAGCACACUGCCCACCACCCUGGCUGUGCUCUGGUUUGACCAUCGACUCAUCGGUUUCAACGCCUGCCUGGUCCAGAUGUUUUUCCUGCACUCCUUCUCUGUUGUAGAGUCCUCAGUGCUGCUAGCUAUGUCUUUUGACCGCUUUGUGGCCAUCUCCAACCCCCUGCGCUAUGCAACUAUCCUCACAAAUAAUGUCAUCAUUGUGAUUGGGAUGGCCAUUGUAGCUAGAGCCACUCUGUCCCUCUUCCCAGUGCCCUUCUUGCUGAAGCGACUGAACUUUUGCCCUGGCAAGGUCCUCUUGUCUCACUCAUUCUGCUUCCACGCUGAUGUGAUGAGGCAAGCCUGUGCGGACAUUACUGUCAACAUCCUCUAUGGGCUCUAUGUGGUGCUGUCCACAGGAGGCAUAGACUCCUUACUCAUCAUACUGUCAUAUUCCCUCAUCCUGCACACCGUCAUGGGCCUGGCAUCUCCCAGGGAGCGCAUCCGGGCCCUCAACACCUGUGUCUCUCACAUUCUGGCUGUCUUUGUCUUCUUCAUCCCAGUCAUUACCAUGUCUAUGAUCCAUCGUUUUGGGAAGCACCUUCCCUCCAUCGUACAUGCCCUGGUUGCCUAUGUGUACCUGGUGGUGCCUCCUGUGCUCAACCCCAUCAUCUAUAGUGUGAAGUCCAAGCCCAUCAGGGAGGCCAUGCUCAGGGUACUGAGGGAGAAAGGCUGGAGCUGA